CCGCGAUUGAUAAAGCAAAGGCAACCCUGUUGUGACAGCUCGCUCGUUGAAAAGUCAAAAAAUUCCAGGCGCAAAAUAAAUAAAGUUGGCUGACGGUCCUAAAAUAAGUCUUUAUUGUACAUUCGCACAAGCAAAAUUGAUCAGAUAUACCAGUGAAGGAUGAGCUACGCCGCUGAUGUACUAAACUCAGCUCACCUGGAGCUACAUGGUGGUGGCGAUGCGGAACUGCGACGCCCUUUCGAUCCCACAGCCCACGAUCUGGAUGGAUCCUUCAGGCUCACGCGCUUUGCUGAUUUGAAAGGACGUGGCUGCAAGGUGCCACAGGAUGUGCUCUCUAAGCUCGUUUCGGCCCUGCAGCAGGACUACUCCACCCAGGACCAGGAGCCGCAGUUCCUUAAUGUGGCGAUUCCAAGAAUUGGCAUCGGCUUGGAUUGCUCGGUGAUCCCCUUGAGACAUGGCGGUCUCUGCCUCGUACAAACCACCGACUUUUUCUACCCGAUCGUGGAUGAUCCUUACAUGAUGGGCAAGAUCGCAUGUGCCAAUGUCCUGAGUGAUCUGUACGCCAUGGGCGUCACCGACUGCGACAACAUGUUGAUGCUUUUGGCGGUCAGUACCAAGAUGACGGAGAAGGAGCGUGACGUGGUCAUUCCUCUGAUCAUGAGGGGAUUUAAGGACUCUGCCUUGGAGGCGGGCACUACUGUAACUGGCGGCCAGAGCGUAGUGAAUCCGUGGUGCACCAUUGGAGGCGUGGCCUCUACCAUUUGCCAGCCUAAUGAAUACAUCGUCCCCGACAACGCCGUGGUGGGAGAUGUCUUGGUUCUGACAAAGCCACUCGGCACCCAGGUGGCCGUGAAUGCUCAUCAGUGGAUCGACCAGCCGGAACGCUGGAAUCGCAUUAAGCUGGUGGUCUCCGAGGAGGAUGUGCGAAAAGCCUACCACCGUGCCAUGAACUCCAUGUCCCGGCUGAACCGCGUAGCCGCUCGCCUGAUGCACAAGUACAACGCCCAUGGCGCCACUGAUAUCACCGGAUUCGGUCUGCUGGGACACGCUCAAACGCUAGCCGCUCACCAGAAAAAGGACGUCUCGUUCGUAAUCCACAAUCUCCCAGUAAUUGCCAAGAUGGCUGCUGUGGCCAAGGCCUGUGGCAACAUGUUCCAGCUGCUGCAAGGUCACUCCGCCGAAACCUCCGGCGGUCUGCUCAUCUGCCUGCCUCGUGAACAGGCUGCCGCCUACUGCAAGGACAUUGAAAAGCAAGAGGGCUACCAGGCCUGGAUUAUCGGGAUCGUUGAGAAGGGCAACAAGACCGCCCGCAUCAUCGACAAGCCGCGUGUGAUUGAAGUCCCCGCCAAGGAUUAAAUUAUGAAACCCAGAUGGAUGAUUGGAUUCCCCAUCCGCUUUCUUUCUUGUAUAAGUAUCUUAAUUAUAACGUAACAGCUAAACCCCUCAGUUGUAACCGUCAGUGGUGCGGUCUUUGUUUUUUAUAAAAAAGCUUAUCAACUAACAGAUAUAAUGAUCAUCAGAAUUAUCGACAUCGCUUUUCCAUUACGUAUGAAUAAAAUGGAAGACACUUGACUCUUUUGUAUCGAGUAAAUGAA